AUGCAGAGCUGCCAGCGGCCGGAGAAAUUGGUGAUGGCGGUGCCCAAGGAAGGUAAGUGCUGCACGGCAUUCCAGUGUGCCCACUGCAAGACGGACACACAGCACGCGUGCCGAUGCUCCUGCCACCGCAAUCAGGCCAUCCUGUACUCGCUGGCCAGGCUCUUCCGCUGCCGCAUCCAAUAUGUGAUGUCCACACUCUGCCGGCUGGCGCUUCUCGAGACGCAGUCGUGCCAUAGGAACGGCCGCGCGCUGGAGAGAGUGAAGGCCCCAUACACGGAGGCGGAAGAUCUGGCCAUCAACGACAGCAUCUACGACCGGUGCGGAGAGUUUAUCGAUCCGCUGGACGAGGACAACGCGCACAAGGUGAUGCGCCUGCUGUUUCUCGCGCCGGUGCUGAAGCCGGGCCAGUACAGGAGCCUCGUGUGGAUGCUGCAGAAGCUCAAUGUCCGCGUCAAGGGAGCCGUUGAUCUCAACUGGCUGGUCUACACGGUCGCCACGCUCCGGUUGGGCGAUUUCGUCUGCGCCUUCAUUCGGCAGGAUGCCCGUGCCGCUCGUCUCUACAAUGCCCAGCUGUGCCUGAAGUUCUGCCAGCCCCAAGGCCCCGUGCAAGCCACCGAGGAGGCCACCCAGGCCACCCAGAAGCGCAGGCGCGACGGCAAGGGGAAGGCGCGUGGCAAAUCAACCUCGGGAGCCUGCGCUCGGAAGCGUGCCGACCGCAACGCCCCAGUCUACUGCACGCGCAGGCCGGUCGGGGAGUCGACUCUGCGCUACUCUGGAUCCCCGUCCAAGCUGCCAGGUUCUACCAAGUCGCCGGGCGAAUUCUCCACGGCCUCGGCGAAGGACUCGCGGCGCGCCUCGAAGAGCUCCAACGGCUCCGGCAAGCGCACCGGACCGGAAUUCAUCACCGUCGGUGUACGGAUGCAGGGUGGCACUCCAUGGAAAUAG